AUGGACAAGGCCUACCGAGAGGGAAAAUUCAAGCGAUUUGGAUUAUCCAACUACACGGCCGCUGAAGUCGAGCAGUUUCUCAAGAUUACCGAGGAACGAGGGUUUGUAAAGCCGACUGUUUACCAGGGACAGUACAACCCAGCAGUUAUUAAUGGUGCUGACUUACAACAUAUCAAGACUCGUCUUGAAUCAUUAGAUACGCUCAUAACACAAAUAUGCAGCAAAACCGGCACCCCAGGAGUUGCUCUAGGCAUUUUGCAUAACGGAGAGGUCCUUCAUACCGCCAGUUAUGGAUUUCAAGACGUCGAGUGCCAGACCGCACCUAAUGUCGACACAAGUUUCCUCAUCUGCUCCCUGACCAAAGCGAUUACAGCAUUGAUGAUCGGCAUGGUGAUUGAUGAAGGAAAGCUAGACUUUCAGACUCGGCUGGAUGAAAUCCUUCCAGAGUUCCAGCGAAACGAUGCCCAGGCAAACAUCACCAUCGAAGAUCUCCUGAGCCACAGAACCGGCCUUGCCCCUUACGAUGGCCUCUGGGUCGGCUCAGAUAACCGCGUCAUGUUGAAUCGUUCGGAAGCGAUUCCCAUCUUGAACUAUUCCCCAGUUAUUAGCGACCUACGGACAAAGUUUAUAUAUAACAACAUCGCCUACGACGUUCUUGGUCAAGUUCUUGAGAAAGUCACUGGUUCCACUUACUCGGAGCUACUACAUGAGCGCAUCACCAAGCCGCUGAAUCUGAAUCGGACGUUUUAUGCCGAGGAACCGUUUGAUGAUAACACUGCCAAAUCCUACACUGUUCUGGAUGACGGAUCCUUCUACCAAAUUCCAACGUGGGGCCACGGCAAAGACUUGCUGAUUGGAGCGGGUGGCGCAAUCCGUAGCUCGAUCAGCGAUCUCUUAGUGCUAUACAAAGCCUUGAUGGAUGCCGCAAACUCCCAAGUGACUCAGAGUUCAACUUCAGGAACUGGACAUGUGUUUAAACAAAUGCCGCAGCUCUUGCAGGGCAAAAUUGGAUUGCCGAGCAAGUCGUUGAGGGAGUGUAGCUACGCUUCAGGAUGGAUACGGGCACAGCUCCCCGCAAUUGUCGACUUAUUUGCGGGCUAUAAACCUCCAAUCCUGGGUAGUGGGUCAGCUUCACGCCUCAUGAUCCACCACCAAGGGCAAAUUGCCGGAAAUGUUGGCUAUGCAGCGCUAUUUCCAGAAACAACGACGGCUGUUGUCGUGUUGGGGAAUUCUGCAGGAUUUACAGACUCCAUGAGACUCCUGGGCCAGAUCCUCGUGGAAACUGUGUUUGGGAACAAUGUCAAUUUUGAUGAAUAUCUUGGAAUUGCUAUUGAGGCAUCCAAAAGCACAAUUGAGUCCGUGAAAGCUGUACACAGUACGCUGAUUGCUGGUAAGACGGUUGAUCAACCCACACGAGCCAUCAAAGCGUAUACAGGUCGUUACUAUAACACAAUUAGAAACUUCUUUAUCGAUGUGAAUGAAGUAAAUGGCAAACUUCAAGUAGCAUAUAUGGGAUCACCUCACGAUACAUUUGACUUGAUACCAUAUCAAACCGACAGUUUCUUCUGGUGGCUUGAUUUCAAUGAGAGUGCGAAGCGGGCAAGACUACCGGGAUAUCCUAAAGAGUUCUUUAUUCUCAAGUUUAGCCUUCCGUCGCAUGAGUUUCAAAUCGCAGAUGAGGGGGAAGUUUUCAUGAAGAACACAAGCGAGUUUGACGUUAUAGGCACCUUCGAUGUGUGA